CAAAAACAAUAUGGCCGUCGCUCGAGCAGUGUUUUCAGUAAUAUUUCUACUUUAUUUCGUGUUUAAUACUGAUGGACAGACUAACCAGAGUUUUGUCGAUACUGGAAGUAGUUCAGGUGUGUAUUAAACUAUCGUUUUGUGUGGAAUUUUGGAAAAUGGAAGCACGAAAAAUGUCUAGAAACAUACAUGAUGUAAACAAAAUUUAAUGACAUUACUUAAACUGUCAAAUGACUCUAGCCUUGAGUUGAAUUUUUUUUUGAAAUUUUUUGAGUGUGAUCAGUUGGUAUUGCUACAACACAACAUUUCAAGAAGUAAUAAUAACCCUGACUCCAGGGUACACUUGAAAUUCUAUGCAGGAGAUAAUAAUACAAACCCUUGAUCACGCCAACAUUUCAAAACAUUUUACUUUUGGGACUAAAACCUGUAAUAUUCUAGUGAACUACAAAAAGUUAUCUAUGUUUUAAGUUCCUUUCAACUGCCAAAAACACUGUGUGCUUCCUUCCUUGUUGCCUAGGCAACAACCUUUUUGCAUGUACUUUCUAUUUUACACUAUUGAUGUUCAUUAAUAUUCCGACAUCACAAAACCCAUGUCAAAAUAGACAAUCCUGUGCGUAAGACUGUGAAGUAAUCUCAUGCCAACCUACUGGUCAACGACUUUGAGGUAUAAAUCUCAUGCCAAUACGCUGACAAAUUUUGUAACCUCACACCGGACCAGACUGUAAAGUUUGGAAAUUGUGUGCCAGAGAUUUCGAAAAUUUAAUUAAUAGUAAAUAUAUAGAAAGCAUAAAAAAUGUGCGUGGUGCAGAAAAUGCAGUCUGGACACUGGAGAUAUUUGGUAUGCUCUCUGGUUCUGACUGGAGAGUUUGGUAAUGGCACACCCAAGAUUUCAAAAAUCACAUUUCAUAAAACAUUGGGGUCGUCAGAAAAAAGGUUGGUCAUGAAAGUAUGGUCGUGAACCACAAGAUAUUUUUGGAGGAACCGAGCACCCUUUAAUAUAUCAAGUACUUUUUAUUUUGAGGUUGCAUUUGUGACUUGGUAGUGAAUGGUUGUGAUCCAAAUUGUUGCUGUGAUGUUGACUGUUCAGCAGCCGAUAAAGAAACUUUUACUGAAUGCUCAGAAACCAAGAAUGUUGUGUAUGUAUAAGUCAAUAUACAUGUACACCCAGCCUGGCUCAGUUGCUGCUUAUAAUCUUAGGAGUCGGGAACAAUUAUAGCAGUGAAACAAAGAUUGAAUAUUUUGGCAAACUCUUGAUUGAAUAUCUUGGCAAACUCUUGAUUGAAUAUCGUGGCUUUUUCAUCUUUUUAGUUUUGAUGAUCGAGUUUGUGUGUCAGAUCAAAUGAUUUUCAUCCAAAAUGUUCCAUUUACGACAAAGAAUACUGGGGAUGGAUUGUUUUGCAUUUAUCAUAAUAACAGUAAGUCCUCGCUGGCUAUUAGAUAGCUUUAGCAGGUGUACAAGAUUUGAUAGCAUGUGAGGAAGUUGAAUGUUCUCAUUUCCAUUCAAAUGUUGCUUUAGCAGUAAACAAACAACAAGAAAUAAAGUUUGUAGCUAAUCAUGCAGGCUAAAAUCUUCUACAAAAUUAGCCAAUUCUAUGAGGAACAAUACACAAAUUAAGUGCAAAUAAGUCGUGGAUAAGUGUGGUUAAAAACAAACUCGGUUAAAUUUAAUAUUAAUUAAAUAGACUAUAGAUAUUUUGCCAUGUUUGUUGAUAUCCUGAUUUCCAGCACUCACCCAUGGCCACAAUAAAUAUGCAGCUCAAAAUUUUGGUAGAAUUUAUGCUUUUGCUUUGAAAAAUGUGUCUUUAAUUUCUUUGAAUCAUUUUAAUGGAUUACAUAUCCCACUUCAGACAAAGAUCAAGUGGAGUAUUCAGAUGUGAGUGUUAUAACAAGUAACGAGGAUUUCACACAAAGUGUGAAUGCCAGAAACGUGUAUUCAUAUGGGGCUAGGAACGAUGAUACAGUUGACCAACUAGCGGGUGAGAAUUACAAGGUAACAGUUUCACUUCAAUAUUUGAGUAUAAUAAAAAUUUUAAAUAUUUUUAUAGAUAAAAGACGUGGUGCUGUGUGUAUUCUAUAAUAGACCAGGACUGCUGAGGGGGGUGGGGGCAAAUUGCCUUGGGCCCCCACCUUAAUAGGGCCCCAACUUGAGAGUUGAGAGCGAGAGUGUAAAAUUGAGUAGGUUCUUUAAAUUGGUCAGAGCAUUUUUGAAAUUGAGGGCCCCUAACAGUAGGAUCUCUAGCUUAAAAAUAAUGAUGUCAUGGGGCCCCAGGGAGGAUUUGCCCUGGUAGUAGCAUUAUACAACAUUAGAAUGUUAGGGUUAGUAAUCCAAGUGAGUACCGGUAUAUAUACAUUUUAAGACCUGACCUGAGGAACGAUUGUGAAAAAUGCAGCACAAGGUCCUCUGGUAGGAAAUGAACCUAUGGCCCUGCGAUUCCGGUGCAGCGCUCCAACCAACUGAGCCACAGAGACCAGCUGUAGAGCUGUAACCGUAAGUUCAUGUAUAUAUAGGUAAUCGGUUGUGCGGGUUGCAAACCCUAACAUUCUAAUAUUAAUUCCACUAAGUGAAGUGGAAGAAACAAAUCAUUGAAGCAUUCUACAACAGACUGCCUUGAAUUUUUAUGAAGAACUGUCAUGAAAUAACCGGAAUUUAACAUAUGUUUUGAUAAAUCUGCCCAAAUAUUCUUGAUUUUUCCUAGCAUUAGGCCGAAUUUCCCCAAAUUUCAAUGGUUUUCCAAAGUGUGGGGUGGGGGGAAGUCCCCCCCCCCUGCUCCCUGCCUUGUACGCCUAUGAAGCCAUGGACUGAAUCUAAAUAAUAUGCAUUUCUUUGGUCUUAAUCUUAAUCCAUAUCCUUAACCCUAUUUUGCACGGAACAUGAGGAAAUACCCACGUGAAAAUGAGGCUGUUCAGGCAAGAGUGCAAUAAACAGUACAGCCUAUUGUGGCUUCCUAGGUUGGUGAUAAAAUAAUCCUGGUGUUUUCAAACCAAGUGAAGGGAUAUUUAGCACUUCCAAUCAUGCUUCAUUCUUCAAGUUGCAACGACUACAAUACUGCAGGUAAAUUUAUGUAUCUUCCAGAAAAUUAUGUAUAUUGUAUUGAGUCUAUUUAGUAUUAUACUGUACUUCUAGUUGGGCAAUUGACCACUUGCGUAAUAGACAAAAUUUUGAUCUCAACAAGUCUGGACAAAAAUUUCAUCACAGCUUGAAAGAGCAUCACAAAAUUAGUAAUAUUCCAAAGUUUCGUUGCGAAAUGUUGUAAAAUGCGGAUAAUAUAACCUUGCAAAGUUUGUUAUUUUUCAGUUAUUUUCUAUUACGCAGGGGAAAUUGACAGACCAAUAAUACCCUUUGGGGCUGUCAAUUUCCCGUUUGUAAUACAAAAUGACUGAAAAACGGCAAACUUCGCAAGGCUAUAUUAUCCGCAUUUUACAACAUUUCGCAACGAAACUUUGGAAUAUUACUAAUUUUGUGAUGCUCUUUCAAGCUGUAAUGAAAUUUUUGUCUAGACUUGUUGAGAUCAAAAUUUUGUCUAUUACGCAAGUGGUCAAUUGUUGCUUGGUUAUAGUCGUUAUAAUUUUGAACAGUCUGUGCCAGUCUAGGUCGUGGCAAUUAUAAGAAAGCUUUGCCUUUGGUUUGAUAGGGAUACAACUACCUGAAAAAUAAUUGUAAGUGAAACUUCAAUGCUUCGAGUGAAGGCCCUUAAUUCGUUGGGAAGUUACUUCUUUCAAAACGUUGAAGUUCUCCUGUAUUUUUAAUAACUUCCUAACUACAGUAGUGGUGCACCAGAACCCAGAUUUUUCAGAGUUUCGGUUCCAGCCGGAACUAAUAAAAAAAGCAUGGCCGGAACUGGAACUCUGUUGUUUUCAGAGAGAUAGAAUAUCAAACGUUUUUGUUUCUAACAAAAGUUUACAGUAUGACGAAAUUUGGACUACACAAGGAAAAUAUACACCAUUAACACUUCAUUAUGACGUUCAACGUUUGUCAAUCUUUUUAUUCUAACAUUUGCGAGCUCUCUCCUUGAUGACUUGAAGUGUCUGCCUGUCUGGCAGCGGACAAAGUGACUAUUUAUGGCUUAAUAAAUCAGUUCUGUUUCCGGCCGAAACUUCUGGCCUGAACUUUUUUCCAGUUCCGGCUAGAACAUUAAAAAUUGGUUUCGGUGCACCCCUAUUUCUAACAAAGAGCCUUCAUUUAAAACGUUGAGGUUCUCCUUGUAUUUUUCAGCUAGUUGUAUCCCUAUAUCAACCCAAAGCUUGAUCUUAUAGUGAAUGUUUCAUUUUUUCAGGAUAUUUUCAAGAUGACGCGACAGAAUGUGUGCGAAGUUUCUCUGAUUUGUCCUCAGAGUGUUCUAACUUACCCAUGUUGUCAGCUGCAAGUUAUUACUCAAAUUUUCAAGUGGCAGUGGUAUGCAGUUUAAAAAGUGUCAAUAAUACCAACUCAAUAUAUAAAUUAACAGCCUUUAAAUGGCAAUGUAGCGCUAUUGGCAAUGUGCCCAAUGUGUCCUACGGUACUUUAUUAUUUUACUCUAUUUAACACCAGACAAGUUAACUCGACAAGGCGAGAGGGGUUAAUCAGAUUCUCUGUCCACUAGUGGCAAUGUGCCCAAUGCGCCCUACUUUAUUAUUUUACUCUGUCUAAUGCCAGAUGAUUUUGCUUGUCAAGGGGAGUGUACAGGCACUUAAUGGGUUCACAUCCCAAUUUGUAUUAUUAGCGUGAAAAAGUUUAAUGGUCCCUUAGUUUAAACAGCAUUAAAAUUGGUUCAACCAGAGAAACUUUUAAUUGAAUUUUUGAUGUCUAAUAAUAAUUAGCUGUGUAAAGAGAGUUUACGAUUCACGACACGGUGAGAGAAGACGUGUUAGAAAGGCUUGGUAACUAGCGCGGCCCAAGCCGCCUUAUUCUAUUACGUUUAUUUUGGCGGGAAAAUUAUUGGGUUUUUUUCAAAAUCUUUGUAGUUUUGUUUAAACAUCACAGAAAAUGUAAUCAAAGGCACUACUACAUUAAAAAUCAAAAGUUAAGAAGUUAAAUUCACGUUUUCAAUGUAAAAGUAUUCGAUAGUCAUUUGAAAUUCGCAGCGUAGUGAUCACAACGUGAAAUUGACAAAAUUCGUACCCAGAGCCCUUCUUACGCGCGGUGCGACGAGGGGCUCUGGCCAAAUCCAUAUCAAACUGGCAUCUGAUUGGCUACAACGAAGGUUAUUGUUCUAAUACCGGAUAUAUUCUUUUACCAUGUUUUUAUGGUAUCCGGUUUUGGAUUUGGCCAGAGCCCCUCGUCGCACCGCGCGUAAGAAGGGCUCUGGGUACGAGAAUGGAAUUACACAAGACGCGUUGGCCGCGCUAGUUACCAAACCUUUUUAACACGUCUUCUCUAGCCGCGUUGUGAAUCGUAAACUCUCUCAUUUCUGGAAUACAGCUACAGUAUUGCAUUUUUUGGGAUAUCCUGUAAAUUACAUGAAUUCUAUAUAGGUUCAGUAAUCUAUUGUUACUAUAUUCUCUAGUCUCCACAGGCGUUUUUACUCUCGCGAAACACAACUUCAAAUUCAUCAGCAAGAUCUGGAAGUUUCAACACAUCUCUAUUGUUCACACCUCAGCUGUCCGUACCAUUACUGUGUCGUGACAACACUGGAGUGCUAAAUCAGUGUAGUUUUACUUCACCUUCUGUGCCAGUCUAUAACAUGACUACAAACACGUGUGAGAAUGUCGUCACAGAGGUGAGAUGUUAAAAUGCAUCCUCACAAUUUUGAUAAAUUUGUGUCUAUUCCAUUCUAAUAAUAUUCCAAUAUUAUUAACCCAUUGAGGCACAUCGCACCCUACUCUAUUAUUUUACUCUGUCUAACGCCAGAUUAUUUUACUCUGUCUAACGCCAGACGAUUUUACUCGUCAAGGAGAGAGCGCUGGCACUUAAUGGGUUAAAAUAGAAUAGGUGCAGAUGUUUUUUUAAUAUCCUAAAUUCCUUAAUAUCCUGAAGGAAUUUGAUAUUCGAAUAAUAUUCUAAUAUUUAAUUUAGUAUUUUUGCACAAGUGAAAACAACAAAUCCUACAAGUUGAUUGGUCAAAUUUGACGUAUUAAAUUUGUUAUAUUCACCUACAGGUGAAUAUAACAAAACCGAAAUUUUCAAAAUGGCGGCUAGCCGUUUUGUGGAAGUUACCGAUAAAGAAAUAAGCGAAAUUAAAAUAAAUGCAGUCUUAAAAGCACAAAAGACUUGUGUAAAAAUACUAAAACAAUUAUUCGCCUCAGGCUCGGUGAUUAUCGGGAAAUAUUCACCUCGACUUCGUCUCGGCGAAUAUUCCCCGAUAAUCACCUCGCCUUCGGCGAAUAAUUGUUAAAUAUUCAAAUGAUAUAUUCUAAGCACUACCGUAUUUACUCGUUUAAGCGCCGCGGCGCUCUUUAAAUUUUCAGAGUUUCAGAUGCGGCGCUCAUUCAGGGGCAGCGGUCAAUCGGAGGCGGCGCUCUUUAAAAAAUAUUUUAUUUGUGAAUUAUGACAAGAACUUUUAACUAUAAAAUAGACAAGUUUUAAAAGGUUUUGUUACUAAAUGUCCCCAUUUUGACGGCUGAAAGUUUUUACACUGUUUAGUGCGGCGCUCAUUCGGGGGCGGCGCUCUUUAAAAAAAAAUGAUCUCAAAUGCGGCGCUCAUUCGGGGGCGGCGCUCAAUCGGGGGCGGCGCUCAAACGAGUAAAUACGGUAUUUAAAAGGCGAAGCCGAGUAUCUUUAGGUAUUUUAAAACACUGCUGUUCAUGUUAUAAAUAGUACAUAAAUAAUAAUAUUCAAAUAAUAUUCUAAUUCGAAUAAUAUUCUAAUAAUAUUGUAAUAAUUUUCUAAUAUUAUUCUAAUAAUCUUCUAAUAAUAUUUGAAUAAUAAUUGAAUAUAUACAAUAUUUGAAUGGCAUUCAAAUAUUACUCAUUGCACAUAUAAUAAUAUAGUCUAUAUAGUCUAUUCUAGUAUACUAUACAGUUUUAUAAUACAACCAAUGUUAUACUGUACAUUAACGACACGUCAUUACUGUUGAUGCUCGUCCAAAUACUAAUAUUUUUUCGCCCAAAAAAUUAAAUAUCUUUUUUUGUUUAUAUUAUUUUUAGGUCGCCUAUACAUUUAUUUACUCUAACGAAAGUUCCAACUUGGAGCAACUGAAUGUCUCGUUUGUUCUUGAAAAUAUUCGAGACAAUUUUCUACAGAAAUUUUCGAUCAAAUUUCUCAAGGUAUUUACAGUAAAUAUUCACCAUGUGACGUCCAGUGUGGGUACUGGGAAUGACAGACACAAAAAUGGGCAUGGAAAAACUAUACCGUAAACCUCCGACUAUAAGCCACCCCCGAAUAUAAGCCCCCCCCCCGUGUAUAAGCCCACCACAUGUACUAACGCUCACCUCAUUCCAAAUAUAAGCCCCCCCCCGAAUAUAAGCCCACCCGAACAUAAGCCCCCCGAAUAUAAGUCCCCCAAUUAAUAUAAGCCCAGUAAUCGUUGCUUAAUACACAUUUAUUUCCCUGUUUAUGACUGACUUGUUUAUGUCUGACUUGUUUAUUACUAACACAAAAGAUCGUCCAUGUAUAAGCCCCCCCCGUAUAUAAGCCCCCCUUUGUAUAAGCCCAUCAAAAAUCGCUUACGAAAGUAUAUAAGCCCAGGGUAUACCAUUGUAGAGAAAGUUUUCUGUGGACAUUUCCAAGCCUGAAAAUAAAUUUCCAACGGUACCUGACAAAGUGUCCGGUACCAAAUGAUUGUGCCUGACACUGGACAUUUUGUGCCUAACAAAAAAUAUGAACGCAAUAGAGCAAAUAUAGUUUUCCGUGGUCCUUGAAAUAAAAGAAGCCAAUGAAAAGCUUAGUAACAAAUUUUUUUGAAAUAUAAUGAAAUUUUUUUAAUGCCAGUUACAGACUGUUUCACCAAUAGUUGUAUUAAUAUACUGCCGGACAAACUGUCCGUCAACUAUCCAAUUGUGCCGGACAAUGAUCUUUUCGUACCGGCUUUUCCACGACUUGUUGACAACUUGCUACAAGGUUGUUGAGCUCAACAGACUUGUUACAAUUUGUUCCAACAACUUGUUAUCGUCCUGCAAUUCAACAAUUUGUCAACAGGUUGUGAGUGAAAACCUUGUAGCAAGUUGAUAAAAUAACAACAUUGUUACCAUUCUCGCACCCAGAGCCCUUCUUACGCGCGGUGCAACGAGGGGCUCUGGCCAAAUCCAAAACCGGAUACCAUAAAAAUAUGGUAAAAGAAUAUAUCCGGUAUUAGAACCAUAACCUUCGUUGUAGCCAUUCAGGUGCCAGUUUGAUAUGGAUUUGGCCAGAGUCCCUCAUCGCACCGCGCGUAAGAAGGGCUCUGGGUACGAGAAUGCAUUGUUACAACAUGUUGACUAACAUGACAAGCUUGCUACAAGCCUGUUGCGAACACAUCUUGUUGACAAGUUGUGAGAUUUUUAUGUGUGUAGUCCAGGGCAACUGCAUUUAACCGAGUUCUGGCUCGAUGAGGUUAUUUUUACCUGCUAUUGCGAAUCCAGUGAUCUACUUGCACGCAUGAGCUUUGCCUGUUUUGUGUAAUUGUAGAAAUUAACAGGUUGAUAUACGUGAAACCUUUUCCACAGCAAAACCGUUUCUAAAAUAGAGCAAUUAAAUGUAGAGUAAUGUUUUAAAAGUCAUCACAAAGAUGAACCACUUACUUUGGGAUUUUCUUUCAAUCUCGCAGUUAGGACACUGGGAUUUGGUCUAAAAAAUUUUGGAAAUGGGAUCAACACCCCCGCCCCCACGACCACACCCCCGCCCAACACAUGCCCCCACUCACUCCCUCGACCACUCCCCCACCCACUCCCCACCUCUCCUUUCAUUACCCUCGAUACAAUGGUGGGUUUAAGCUGUGAUGAUUUGUGAUCUUUUUAGGAAGGAAAGGAGGACGUCUUUACGAAAUCUGGAAAUCCUGGAUAUUUAGUUGAUCAACCGAUACUAGCUGGACUUCUACAACAUAAUCUAGCCACAAAUAAGUAUGAUCUUGUAUGGAUUGUGCCAGUGAUGGAUUCGUAUUCUUAUCAAUCCUUCAGUCGAACUAACUCGUGGUCUUUUACUAUUUUCAGGAAAGCUAUCAUAUUAAGUACGAACAGCAAAGAAUGGCUGACUGUUCCCAAGGCUACGGUGGAUGGAUCUUGUAGUUCUGGAGUGAAUGAGCGAUUGUCAGUGACUUUUGAUGUGAACACAAGAUCUGGAUGUAUGAUAAGGUAACAGCAAGGCUACACCCGUAAAAAUCUCACAACUUGUCAACAAGAUGUGUUCGCAACAGGCUUGUAACAAUGCUGUUAUUUCAUCAAGUUGCUACAAGGUUGUCACUCGUAACUUGUUGACAAAUUGUUGAAUUGCAGGAAGGAUAACAAGUUGUUGGAACAAUUUGUAACAAGUCUGUUGAGCUCAACAACCUUGACCUCAAAAGUUAACGUCUGCCCAAGACUGUGUCCGCUAUGGGAACACAUUCUGUUGACGUUGUUCACACAACUUGUCAACAAGAUGUGUUCGCAACAGGCUUGUAACAAGCUUGUCAACAAGUUGUAACAAUGCUGUUAUUUCAUCAAGUUGCUACAAGGUUGUCACUCGUAACUUGUUGACAAAUUGUUGAAUUGCAGGAAGGAUAACAAGUUGUUGGAACAAUUUGUAACAAGUCUGUUGAGCUCAACAACCUUGUAGCAAGUUGUCAACAAGCUGUUAACAACUUGCCAACAGACUGGGAACAAGCAGUGCGAACACAUUCUGUUGACAAGUUGUUGGAACAAGGCUACACCCUUAAAAAUCUCACAACUUGCCAACAAGAUGUGUUCGCAACAGGCUUGUAGCAAGCUUGUCAACAAGUUGUAACAAUGCUGAUAUUUCAUCAAGUUGCUACAAGGUUGUCACUCGUAACUUGUUGACAAAUGUUGAAUUGCAGGAAGGAUAACAAGUUGUUGGAACAAUUUGUAACAAGUCUGUUGAGCUCAACAACCUUAUAGCAAGUUGUAACAGGCUGUUAAAAACUUGCCAACAAGUUGGGAACAAGCAGUGCGAACACCAGGGCCGGGGGGGGGAUUAGGUCACAAACAUUUUUUCCGGACAUACCAAAAAUUUUUCCUAAUAUACUGUAAUUUUCGCAAACAUACAAAAAAAAAUUUCCGGAUAUAUCUUAAUUUUCCACAAAAUACUUUCUCAUGCCCUGAGAAAUACCUGAAUUUACCUGAAAAUCUUCUGGAAAUCUACCUGAAAUCGGCUCAUGAGCAACAUCCCCCGGUCGCUACGGCCCUGGCGAACACAUCCUGUUGACAAGUUGUUGGAACAGUAUUGCUGCAAGUCUGCUGCAGGUUUGUUACAAUUUGUGCAUUUUCACAUUUAGACUCAACCGGACAUCUGAUUGUUCUUUACUGCAAGACAUGGUCUACGCUGCUUUACUUGGCACCAGUCCUCCAGACUAUGUCGCGAGUUUUGGUAAUUCAGAUGUCCAGAAUGCCGCUGAUUGGGUGAAAAUCAUUAAUGAUAAACCUGCGAAUACGGUAGGUAAAUUAUUCAUUCGAGUGAGACGCCAACACAAUCUUGAUAUUUAUACAUAACCUAUGCACGUAUAUAUACACGAUUCAUGCCAUUUAAAUUACGAAUGUGCCUUUUGUUAUUUGCAUGUGUGUGUGUGUGGGGGGGGGGCUGGGGUGGGGGGGGGGGCGUCAAGUAUAAUUGUGUUAUCCUCAAGGGGCAAAAUUUCAGCAUCUAAUUUUUCAUUUCAAAUCUCAGCCCCAUCCCCUGUAAUUAAUGACCGGUCCCUUAGAAUCGAAUUGCAAGUCCCUUCAAUAUAAGUCCUGAAGUGUCUGUUAUUUUCGUUUUCAGGCCAGUGGUAGUGGAGGCGUGUGCUCCGAUAUGGUUCUUGGUAUGAGCAUUGAAAUAUUGUUUGCUAAUGUUGGGUAUUUGGCAAACCCACAAGCCAAGGUACAGUAUCAUGGAUACUCUGCAGUCUUCACAAUUUCAAAAAAAAUAUGUUCGUAAGGCGAAAAAUUGUUCCGCACCUUGUAACCAAUAAUCUAAAUAGUUGUAAAGCCAUUGUAUGCAAUAAAGUAUUGGGUUGCAAUGGGUGUACGAUUACAAUAACCUUAAUCCAAAUGGUAAUGCUAAUCUCAACCCUAACCUCUUACCCUAAAGUUGAUAACCCCCCCCCCCCCCCCCCGCAAAUGAUAACGCUGGAAAAAGGUGUGUGGUCUUGAGCUCAAUCAGUGAACUGAGUUAAAUGCUUUCUUUACAGAUUAUCGGAGUACGUUUCAAAUAUGAACAACCUCAGGAAAUCGUUUAUCAGGUAAGACCCUACCUCGGACCCUACACUAAAGGUAUAUACCGAGUGGCCAAAAAGCUAUACACUGUUUGAUUUAAUAUAGCAGAAAAACUAGGUAUUUCAUUCGGUAUUUCAUUGAAGCCAACUUAAAUUUCAAAUUAUUUCCCAUUGAAUUUUCAAUUUUGCAAUCUCGCAAGCCGAUUUUGCAAUCUCGCAGCUUACAAUAUUACUAAUAUUUCUUAUGACAAACGCCUAAGAAACAUAACUCGUGGGACAACGUCGUGAGGCCUUCGCAUUAACAAACUAUCGAUUUGGUGACAUGCAUUUUCCUGCCAGGCAAUGUACUUUAGGACGAAUUGUACUUAAGUUUUUUCAGAAAUAUUAUAUUUCAAAUAAAUAUGCCGUACAUGCGGUUUUUACCACAACUAAAACAAUAACAAGCUUACACCAUAGAUAUCUCAUAUACACUAGAUAGCGCAUCUCUUUUAGUAAAAUUGAAGCCAAGAAUAUUCCAGCUGUUACCCCCAUUUGAAUAGAUAGCGGUCAUGUUGGAGUUUCCCACUCGCUAAUUCGCUAAUAAACGCUUGAAAAACAACAAUAACUUUCAUCAUUUGAAUAGUUUGAAAAUGUAUUUGGAAUACGUUUAACUUAAUGUUUAAGUUCCCUGUUUAAGAAAUAGAAAACAUACGAUUCUUCUCAUUUCAUGGGAAUAUCCUGAGUCUGCAAUCACGGCUUCAAUUUUUGAAUUGCAGAAUAAUUAGAUGCACUAUCUAAGUCUAUCUUGUGUAUAUAAAAUAUCUAUGGUUUACACAUGUAGAUUUCAUAGGCUAUUUUAUGCCAAUGUUUAGCAUUGUCAAAAAUGUUUGUUCGAUUUAAUACAUUGAUAUCUCAGUUAUUGAUUUCUUUAAAAUUUCUUCAAUUUUAGUGUAUUGGUCAAUUUUGCCAAGGCAGUGGUUCGGCAAGUCAGUAUGUUGAAGUUGUCUCGUCGGUAUCAUUCAUCGAUAUCUCCCAACCACCGAUAUCUGAUCAAAAAUCUCUGCCAGAAUUCCAAUCUAAAGCACCUUCAGAUUUUUUUCAUCCGUUUCUCUGAAGAAUUCUUGGACUCACGUGGGGUGCACGUGAUGAAAUCAUCUCGUCACGUGACAAGUUGAUCUAUCAUGUGAUGUGAACAUGAUGUUCACGUGUUCAAAUCAUGUUAUCACGUGGACAAAUCAAUUUAUCAUGUAAUGUCUACGUGGUGUGCAUGUGAUCAAAUCGUGUGGUCACGUGGGCAAGUUGGAUUAUCAGGUGAUAAACUGAUAAAAGGCAAGACUCAAGACUCCAAUUUGGAAGCGUCUAUGGAGAUAUUUGUUAAUGUGAAUCUCUCAAAAAUGGUAAAGAUCUGAACACAUGAACUAAUUACGCUAUCACAUGGACGUUUCAUGUCCUGUGUAUCUAUGUCAUGGUCAAGAAGAAAGAUCUCACGUGAUGGAUUCGAGCAUGGUUGGAUUACUUAGUUGGAUAAGAUGGAUUGCAAAUUAUUUUGCCAUUGUUUUUUUCUUGCUGUUAGAACUCAUUUAAUGACAAUAUAAUAUAUCCGGCAACUUUGGCAGUGAAAACUUGAUAAAGAUGAGCUACCAACAAUUAUAUUUUGGGGUUAGUGGCACCCCUAAAUAGACCACAAUGCAUUGUAAUUUCGAGAUUAAGGUCAAUCGGCUGUUUUACUCCAGUAGAACUCCAGUUACGUAUAUAACCCAU